UUUUUCCCCUCGCUUUUUCUCCGCCAAAUCGCGAGGCAGAGCCACCCUACCCCGAGAUCGUUUUCGGGGUGCACUUCACGCGCUGUUCCCCUUGGAUUUCUCUCCCUCUGUCGCCUCUCGUCUGUUCUGUCUCCUCUCCAGCUCCAGAGGUUUCUGAAGGAAAGAAUUUCGCCGUUCCUUGCGUCUGAGGUCACCCUAGAGACGCACCUUCCACACCGCGAGGCGUCACACACGUUGGACGGGGACCCUCUUUUCGGAGUUUCUACGCACGUUUUCCCUUUUUUCCGCCUUUCGUUUUCUCCUUUGCUGUCAACACGCGAGCAGACUUCAGCCCAUCUUUCUUUUCCCAGUUUUUCUUGUCCUCUUUCGGCAAAGUCCCUCCGCGCCACCCCGUCUCCGCGGGACGGCGAACCGCCAGUCGCAAAGCAGGUGGACAGACAGAACACGCUGACCGAGAGGAGAGUUCCUCGAGCUUUCCAACCUCCGCUCUUGACGAUUUCGCAAUCUCGUUCUUGCUGCUUUUCUGCUCCAAGAUGCAGGCUCUUAGGAGAGGGGCGGCGAUCCCUUCUCGCCUCCUGCCUCGCCGAGACAGCUGGAUGUCGCUCGCGCCGUUCGUCGCGCCCAACAACGCAGCGGCGUGGCGGAAGCUCCGGGAUGGCGCCCAGGAGGUCCAGACUGUCAUUGAACGCCAGUCGACGCCUGGGAAGCCGCAGCAAAUCGACUGGGCCAAGUGGGAGAGUCAAAUUGCUCACAAAGACAUCCUUAACUGCCUGAAGACCUUCUACACCAACCAGGUUCAGAUCCUCGACCGCGCCCUCGGGGCGCUUGAGACAGCCAAGACGCCGGCGCCUUGCGAGGGCGCAGAGAAAGGCUGGGCUUUGUUCGACGCAGCUCUCAGCGCAUGCGCAAAGUCCGUGGAGAAAUCCGAGGAGCUGUUGUCGAACGGCGCGCGGGCGCUCUGGGUCUCCUGCAGCAACCCUCCUGUGUGGAAAGUCAAUACCAACGAGUGGCUAGAUAGCGACCAGUACUGGCAAGCGUUCGUGGAGAAGCAUCACUUCUACUCGCAGUAUCAGCCCGGAGUGGUGGACCCGGAAGCGCCUCAGGAGGUCGAAGCCUUCAAACAGGCGUGGCAUUCGCGGAUGGGGAAAUUCAACGACAGAAGCGACACACCCAUGCUCUACGCGUACAUGAACGAGCUGCCUUCGUGGGAGUACUACGAUCUUCACCGGAGUGCGUUCCUCGAGCACAUGACGUACUUCUUGGUUCGAACUGGAGGCGACUUCCGCUUCUUCCCUGAGAUGCCGCCGUGGCAGUGGCUCGCACACAUGGAGAAUCUCCGAUUCAAACUUCUCUCUGUGGCGCAGAGUCGCCGAUCGCAGCUGCAGCUGGCGAAUCUGGAGAGAGAGCGUGCACUGGAUUUUCUCCCAGUCGACGUGGAGCACCACGGCGAGGAGUACACGCAGAAGUUUCUCCAGUACGAGACAGAGCUUUUCCAGGCUUGCGCGGCCAGGUUGAUGGGCCAUUUUAUGUUCCUUUGUGAUCCCUUCAUCCCAGUCCAAAGCGCCGAGGCUCUCAGUGCAGUGACGCGCGUCGACAACGGAAAGGGUAAACUCUUUUCGCUCGGCGACGACGUCAACGCGCUGUUCUACCUGCCGGAGCAACAGAGACGCGACGUCGAGAGGCCCACCCAGGCCGUCCAGACUUUGCUGGGUCAUCUCGAAGCCACCGGCCGCCCGUUCAACCCGUGCUACAGCGAACUGCUUCACGUCCAUGCGGAGGUGCUGGAAGAGAGAGGUGAACACUGGUUGACGGCACCCGGCGAGUGCGUGUCUCAAGCCUUCCUCCGUCGCCUGCGGACAGACGACCCAGCGUACGAAGUGUACUGCUCGUAUUUCAAGGAAAUGUAUGAACGCUUUGCGGGGGCGAAGGAAGUUUCGAUGGAGGACGGGCGCAAGCGCCUGGCGACCAUCGAGAAAAACGCCCAAGAGGAAGCCGCUGCUUAUGGCCUCGCUCUCAAGACGAUGGGCAGCGCGGAACUUGCACACAAGGCCCGUGAAGGAGCUGCGAAACUGGAGCAACUAAGGAAGGCGCAGGAAAAAGCCGCAGGAAAAAGUGCCCAGACCGUCCAGGAAAACAAGAUGUGAAGCACACAAAGUCGACUGUGUGUGAUUGAGGCGGUGGACGCCGUGCUUAGGUGUCGCGCCGAGACCGUAAAAACGCGAGAUGAGCUGAGAGGACGGACAAGGAAAUUUGUGGAGACAGAAAGAAAAGCAUUUGCAGCAGAGAGGGAGGGAAUGCAGGGGACCCGAAUUUAGCGAGCAGAAAUUCACGGGUGCGUUCACUUCGUACACUGCAUCUCAAGUACAGCCGGUGCCACGUGUCUUCUAUGCAAAAAUGGUGUGCGUCCUCUGCAGUUUUCUCUGAAAAACGAGAGGCGCGACCCAUCAGAGGGAGGCCACGGCUCGCCUGUGCAAAUGUACAGUUCCGUUCGGUCGUUUGUUUUUAACUGUCUGUCGGUUCGCGUUGCCUUGUUACCUUCCAAAAGCCUAGGCUUUUAAACGGGACGCCAAGAGCUCUUACUGCACUGGUGUUUGUCGGAUUCUGCACAAUGAAACCUGAAUCAGGCCUGAUUCCGCC